UUGCAGGGACCAAGUCUUGAUUUAGUUGCACAGGGCAGAUAGAAUGUCGACUAAAUCUCUUCUAUCACUAGGUUGCGAUAGUUGCAGUCGGCAUAUGGCGAGGUAAAUAAACGGUUGGAAUGAACGUAUGUUACUGAUAUUGGAAUUUCUGUUUUAGCGUAAGAAAGCUAAUUAUAAGAAAUGAGUAGUCCACGGCAAAAUGAAAUGGAAGUCGAUGACAUCGCCGUUGCCGUCAAUAAAAGUGUUAUGGCCUCUUCAGGCACUGUUGGCAGUGUAUCCAUAUCAUUGCACCCUUUGGUCAUAAUGAACAUUUCAGAACACUGGACACGACUGCGUGCACAGGAGGGAACUCCCCAACAAGUGAUUGGUGCUUUAAUUGGGAAGCAGAAAGGGCGUAACCUUGAGAUAAUGAAUUCGUUUGAGCUGCUAUUUAGCUGUAUUGGAGGCGAUACAAUCAUCGAUAGAGAUUAUUACAACACGAAGGAGGAACAGUUCAAACAGGUGUUCAGUGACAUGGAUUUCCUGGGGUGGUACACAACAGGGGACCACCCUAACGACGGAGAUAUCAAGAUUCAUAAACAGAUAUGCGAGAUCAACGAGAGCCCGGUCCUCCUCAAACUUAACCCACAGGCUAGGCAUAGCGAUCUGCCUGUGACAAUGUACGAGUCUGUGAUUGACCUUGUGGUGGGGCAGGCCACCAUGCUCUUUGUGGAAUUGCACUACACCCUUGCAACUGAAGAAGCUGAAAGGAUUGGUGUUGAUCAUGUGGCUCGCAUGUCCAGCAAUGAAGCGGGCGAGAGUUCUCUAGUGGCAGAGCAUCUGACAGCGCAGCAUUCUGCCAUCAAGAUGCUCCACAGUCGUGUGAAACUGGUACUGCAGUACGUAAGGGCUGUGCAGGCAGGGGAGUUGCCCAGAAAUCAUGAAAUCCUCCGAGAAGCAUACAGCUUAAGCCAUCGACUCCCUGUACUGCAGAGCUCUCGCUUCAGGGCUGACUUCUACAACCAAUGCAAUGAUGUGGGCCUCAUGACGUACUUGGGAACCAUCACCAAAGGCUGCAACGAUAUCAACCAGUUUGUAAAUAAGUUCAACAUUCUGUAUGACCGACAGGGAAUGGGACGACGUAUGAGGGGUCUGUUUUUCUGAACUGCUGCGUUUGAUUUGUAUGAGAGAUUGCUGAACGAGAGGCCUGUAUAGCUGGACACAUUUGAAGUGACUUCGUAAGAGUAAACUGAAGUUCUAGGGUACAGAAGGUGCAUUAAGAAAAUGGUUUCAUAUGGUAUGGCAUCUACUGGGCUGCCUGCUGUGUGGUGGUCAUUCGGUUUGUAGAAAUUUUCUAAGUAAUGUGCUUCUCUGCAUAGACAAGAAGCUGUAAUUUAUAUGUACUGUGUAUAUUGGGACAAAUAAAGUUGUUGCAACAGAUGCAUUUUAAGUUCCUAGUACAUGGUUGUUAGUUUUUAAAUGAAAAUCAAAUCAGUUAAAUCUCUAAUUUACAGGGAUGUGUAAUGCUAAUAAAACGCUGGCAAAACAGUAAUAACAGAAGAAGGAAAAAUUCAUUAAGAAGAAGUCAUAAUUCUGGAACACAUUGAGUUCUUUCUUACCCUUUGCUGGAAGAAGACUUCAUCACUGUAAAUUUUCCAUACAUGUCCACAGCUGAAAGCCUUCAGCCACCAGCUUUAGAGUGUAUCUCCUAGUUAUGAUUGUGUGCUAAGUAUGCUAGUAGUAUGCAUAUAAGAACAACAGAUGGCAGCUACUUUAUAUUUUUUAAACAGCCUGUAUGCAAGUUAUGUUUGUGUCAUUUGCCCAUUGUACCUGUUAGGAAUCAUGAAAGAAAUAAGAAUGAUGGAGAAAGGUUAAUAUAUAAUGUAACAGUUCUGAAAAAUAAAAAGAAAUCCAAGAACAAAGUAUGAUUGUGAGUCUUGGAUGUUAAUAUGGUUGUAAAUAAAUAAUCUUCAUUUGUGUUUAAAGUGUCAACA